AUGAAGGCAAAAAAAUUGGUACCGCAUUAUACUGUUAUUGAGAAAGAGAAUUUGCCGCUAAAAAGUGUAGAAGAAUCUAAAAUUGAUAAAAAGACUUUCAUAAGUGCAAAGAACCCACAGAACAAGCAUUCUGAUGACGUGUCAUUAUAUUUGAAUGAACCAUUGUACGACAAGAGAUUUAUAAACCAAUUUGCAAUAGAUAUUAUCGGAAAGCCACUUGGUCGUCGUGUUACACAUUCACCUUCUAAACGACCAUGCUGUUAUCAAUAUUUGAAAUUUAAAACAUUAUUUUUUUAUAUUUUGACUAAAAUGGAUCCUAGGAGGUUUAAUACUAACAUGAAUUCUAAUAUGACUUUUAACAUGAAUUCUAAUAUAAAUUCUAACAUGAAUCCUAAUAUGAAUUCUAACAUGAAUCCUAAUAUGAAUGAACAAAGACCGUAUUAUGACAGUAGUUUAAAAAGAUUUGUUCCUAAUGAUAUGUAUGAUAGUUUAAAAGAACAUAAUUUUAAUUUAGAAAAAAUAAAUGAAGAUUUGUAUGAUCGUAUAAAAAAAUGUGAAGAAUUGGGACUUUAUGAAUUUGAUAAUAUGAAACAAAGGAUUAGAUCAGAAAUAGAGAAAUUAAAUCUUAUGACAGCAGAAAUUGAAAAAGAUAUGUCACAAUUAGAUGUAUAUGUUGAGUGGGAUAAUAGUGAAGAGAAUAUAUGUGAAAUUUCUUCUAAUGAAGAUCGUUCUUUUUUAAUAGAGCAAGAAGGAAAUGAUAAUUCUUGUAUUGAAAUGACUACUUCAGUUGAUCAGAAGUCAAUUUCUAAAAAAAAAGUAUGCUCUGGAAAAGAUAUUAAGGAAAAUGACCAACCAAUUGUAAAAAAACCAAAGAAAACAAAAUCACCUGAUAACCGUAAGUCCGGUGGUGAAUCAGGUAUUAGAAUUGAAGAACAAUUUCGAGGUAUUCCUAUAAAUGAAUCAGUAUUACGUUGUAAAAAAUGUGAAUUGAAAGAUUUUAAUAUAUUUAAUAAACUUUUUAACAAGGAUAUAAUAGAAAAAUUUGCUAAAGAACUUCAUGCAGCAGAUAAACUUGCUACCCAUGAAAUUAUACCUACAACAUCAUUUGGAUCAGCUAAUAUUGAUGCUAGUAAUAUCAAAUCUGAAAGUCUUUCUGAUAUGCUUUUAACUCGUUCAAGAAAAGAAUUACAAGGAAAAAGCAAAGAUGUGUCAUUUUACCACAGUUUACGUUGUCAAGUUUGUAGCUCUUGUUCUUGGAUGCAAGAAGACAUGGAUUCUGGUGUAAUUUUACAAACUGUUGAUGAUAGUUAA